AUGCAAAAAGCAGAAACCAAGGAUGUCGACGUUAAAAGCUUCCUACCAGACAAGAAAGCUCGGGCUCAAUGGGAAGCAACUACCAAGGCUCAACUUUCUCAGGCUUACUUAGAUUACAUCAUCACAAACAAUCGAGAGACCACCCCAGACAAGCAGCCAAACCUAUUGCGAACUCCACCCGCUGUGGAACCCCUUCCAGUUGAAAAAGCACAUGUGAUGAUGUUACCUUUGAUGGACAUAUCUUCUGGUUCGGCCGAAGGCGUUGGACAGGUUCUUGAUCAUGUGGCUACUAUCACCGGUCGACCUUUGAAAGAUCAUCCUGGCGAUCUGCAAGUUGUUGAAGGAGACGUUGGGACUUGCAUAAACUUGGAGAGUUGUAGAUCCAAGCUUCAGCCAGCAGGUAGAAAGUACGAGAGUAUGAUCAAUUAUUUAACUAUACCUGGUGCAGCGCACACGAUGUGGAAUGUAGGACACUGGUACAUACUAGGUGGGUGGGGUCACGCUGAAGAUGAUAAAGACAUGCCUUUUUCAAAGAGCUGGGAAUCAUUAGCAGGAAAGACUGAACGACCAGCUUCCAAGAAAGACUUUGGCCUGAUCAUGCGUAUGAUCAAUCACACUCAUUUCGCCACGAUGGUGUGGUGCUUAAAUGAGGUGAUAAAGACACGGUCACCUACUCCAGAUCUCUUGGACAAUGCGACAGCUAAGUCAAUCCUUGAAGAGACUCAUGCAAAGGCUCAGGAACCAAAAUUCAAAGGCUUGCUGCCAGGUACUCACUCAAUGUUAAACUAG